CAAUAUUAAAUGGUAGAGUUGCCACCCAAGCUGAUCUGAGACAACUACUACAACACCGUAAAGAUGGCAGCCUCCGUCAGGCAUUUACUGAAACCUUGGACACCGAGUCUGUGCCUCAUGAGAUGGAGUCGGUAUAAUCCAUACUAUCUGGAUCCAGAACCCAGAAAAGAUGCCCCAGUCUCAGACUCAGAGCUCAGUCCCGAACAGAAAGAGCUGCAGGAGCUCAAAACUGUGAGACCGAUAAAAGCAGCUCUAACCGGCGACACCAGCUCUCCAUUCAGCGACCCUCUGAUCAGCAAGUUCAUCAACAUGAUGAUGUAUGAUGGCAACAAAAUCCUUGCUAGAGGAAUCAUGACACAGACGCUGGAGACCAUAAAGAGGAAACAGGUGGAGAAAUACCACAAAUCUCCAGCCGCUAAGAGAGAAGAGAUCGAGUGCAACCCGUACGCCAUCUUCCAUCAGGCCAUGGAGAACUCCAAGCCCAUCAUCGGCCUGGCCAGCAUUCAGAAAGGAGGGAAGUUUUACCAGGUGCCCGUUCCUCUCACAGACAACCGGCGGCGUUUUAUGGCCAUGAAGUGGAUAAUCACAGAAUGCAGAGACAACAAGCACCGGCGCACGCUCAUGUACGAGAAACUCUCGCAGGAGCUGCUCGCCGCCUUCGCUAAUGAGGGAAACGUGAUUAAACGAAAACACGAACUUCACAAGAUGGCCGAAGCCAACAGGGCGUACGCACACUACCGCUGGUGGUAGACAAAGCAGAUCUGGACUCAUAUUUCACACACGGAUGUGGUGUGUUAGGGACUGACAGCAUCAGGAGAGAUUGGAUCAUGCAGGUUAUCUUGACUCACAAAUGCACAGUAGAUGGCUUUGUAUGGGAGUAAAUAAAGCAAGCAAUGAGGAAAAAACACUUCGUUUUCACCAUCAACAAAGUGGUUGACUAUACACAAUUAAAAUAUAUGUAAUAAAUCAAUUUCACCAAAAGCAAAUACAAUUAUUUAUUUAAAACCUUUGAAAUGGCAUCAGAAUAGGUUGAUGAUGCUUUUUCAAAAGCCUGAGGAAUCAACCAUACUAAAAACAGCAGGACAGGAGCAUGUUUUAAUACCUUCAAUAUACAAAAUCGUCAUCAGACUUCAUGUCAACAUGAAAAUCAGUGGCAAUUCUUAUCUUAUCUAAAUGAUUCAUAACAGGCAAGAAAAGGUUUACUGUAAUUGCAAAUUUAUACAAACUUACUGCAUCGCUAUGCUUUAAUUAAUAACGUGCACGUUUUACUGGAUAUACAGUGCAUCCGGAAAGUAUUGAUAGCGCUUCACUUUUUCCACAUUUUUUUAAUGUUACAGCCUUAUUGCAAAUUGGAUUAAAUUAAUUUAUUUCCUCUGAAUUCUACACACAAUCCCCCAUAAUGACAAUGUAAAAAAUAGUUUUUUUAAAUUGUUGCAAAUUUAUUAAAACUAAAAACCCUGAAAAAUCACAUGUACAUCAGUAUUCACAGCCUUUGCUCAAUAGUUUGUUGAUGCACCUUUGGCAGCGAUUACAGCCUCAAGUCUUUUUGAAUAUGAUGCCACAAGCUUGGCACACCUGUCUUUGGGAAUUUUUGCUCAUUCCUCUUUGCAGCACCUCUCAAGCUCUAUCAGGUUGGAUGGGAAUUGACCAUGUACAGCCAUUUUCAGAUCUCUUCAGAGAUGUUCAAUAGGAUUUAGGUCUGGGCUCUGGCUGGGCCACUCAAGGACAUUUACUGAGUUGUUGUGUAGCCACUUUAUUGAUAUUUUGGCGGUGUUCUUUGGGUCAUUGUCCUGCUGGAAGAUGAACUGUAUUGCGUGUAGAAUUUUGAGAAAAUAAAUGAAUUUAAUCCA